CUGACAGAGUCGGGGAGUUGUCUGGAAGCCGCGGCUGCGGUUUGGGCUGAGGAACGGCGGCGAUAGCUAGCACAGUGGCGAUGGCCGGGGCGGGGCCGGCUCCGGGGCUCCCGGUGGCGGGGGGACCCGUGGUCCCGGGCCCUGGCUCCGGCAUCCCGGGCAAGAGCGGCGAGGAGCGCUUGAAGGAGAUGGAAGCGGAGAUGGCCCUGUUUGAGCAGGAAGUCCUGGGAGCUCCAGUGACCGGAAUCCCGACUGCGGUGCCCACCGUAGAAGCCAUGCAGGUCCCAGCCGCUCCCGUGAUCCGCCCCAUUAUUGCGACCAACACAUACCAGCAGGUCCAGCAGACCCUAGAGGCCCGGGCAGCUGCUGCAGCCACAGUUGUUCCCCCCAUGGUGGGUGGCCCUCCUUUUGUGGGCCCAGUUGGCUUUGGCCCUGGGGAUCGGGGUCACCUGGACAGUCCAGAAGCCCGGGAGGCCAUGUUCCUGAGGCGAGCAGCUGUGGCCCCUCAGAGGGCCCCUAUCCUGCGUCCAGCCUUCAUCCCCCAUGUGCUACAGAGAGCAGAUUCUGCUCUUUCUCCAGCAGGUGGUCCCCGCCCUAUGGCCCUGCGGCCCCCUCAUCAGGCCCUUGUGGGACCACCUCUGCCUGGGCCUCCUGGACCACCUAUGAUGCUACCACCAAUGGCUCGGGCCCCUGGACCUCCUCUGGGCUCCAUGGCUGCUCUGCGGCCUCCCCUGGAAGAGCCAGCAGCGCCCCGAGAGCUGGGCCUAGGCCUGGGGCUGGGCCUGAAGGAGAAGGAAGAGGCAGUGGUGGCAGCAGCGGCUGGGCUGGAGGAGGCUGGUGCAGCAGUGCCUGUGGGGGCAGGAGGAGCGCCAGCAGGCCCAGCAGUCAUCGGGCCCAGCCUACCACUGGCCUUGGCCAUGCCCUUGCCUGAGCCUGAGCCCCUGCCGCUCCCACUAGAGGUAGUGCGUGGCCUACUGCCCCCACUGCGCAUUCCUGAGCUCCUGUCUCUGCGUCCACGACCUCGGCCACCUCGACCUGAGCCACCCCCUGGUCUCAUGGCUCUUGAGGUCCCAGAGCCACUGGGUGAAGACAAGAAGAAAGGCAAGCCAGAGAAAUUGAAACGCUGCAUUCGCACGGCAGCAGGGAGUAGCUGGGAGGACCCCAGCCUGCUCGAGUGGGAUGCUGAUGACUUCCGGAUCUUCUGUGGGGAUCUAGGCAAUGAGGUGAAUGAUGACAUCCUGGCACGAGCCUUUAGCCGUUUCCCAUCCUUCCUUAAGGCUAAGGUGAUCCGUGACAAGCGCACAGGCAAGACCAAGGGCUAUGGCUUCGUCAGCUUCAAGGAUCCCAGUGACUAUGUUCGCGCCAUGCGUGAGAUGAAUGGGAAAUAUGUGGGUUCACGCCCCAUCAAGCUUCGCAAGAGCAUGUGGAAGGACCGGAACCUGGACGUGGUCCGCAAGAAGCAGAAGGAAAAGAAGAAGCUGGGCCUCAGAUAGGGAUAGGGCUGCAGCAGCCUCCCACCCACCUGGCCAGUGCUGGCUCUCCCUGGAUGGCUUUGGAAAACCCCCACCUAUCCCAAAACCAGUUUCAAUAAAUGUACCUUCAUUUCCA